AUGGCAAAUGUGGUGCUAGUCAAGAAGCAAAACGGCAAGUGGAGGAUGUACGUCGACUACACUGACUGGAAUAAGGCGUGUCACAAAGACCCAUAUCCCCUACCAAACAUUGAUACCUUGGAGUUCAAAAGGUUUUUAAGCCAACCUUCCAUUCUGACCCGACCUGCCAUUGGAGAAGAACUCGUCCUGUAUUUGUCUGUAGCAGACAAAGCUGUAGCAUCAGCUCUAAUAUGGGAAGACGAGGUCGGGAAACAUCCUGCUCACACAAUAAGGGUUCAAACGAACCAGCCCAUGAAGGAAAUCCUCCAGAAGAUGGAUAUUGCGGGUAGAAUGGUUCAAUGGGCAAUAGAGGCAUCCAAAUUCGACUUAAAGUACGAAACUCGGACUGCAGUUAAAGCCCAAUGCCUCACCGACUUCGUGGCAGAAUACGCAGGAGAUCAAAAGGAAGCCUCCACAACAUGGGAGUUAUACGUGGACGGCUCCUCCAACAAAAUUGGAAGCGGUGCAGCUUCUAACAAUCAGGCAGAAUAUGAAGCCUUGAUUGCAGGGUUAAAACUGGCGGAAGAAGUUGGUGCAACGAAAGUAGUUGUGUUCAGCGACUCCCAAGUGGUGACCUCACAAAUUAAUGGGGAGUAUCAGGCUAAAGACCCCAAUAUGAAGAGAUACUUGGACAAAACUUUGGAAUAUCUCAGGCAUUUUGCAGAAACUGAGAUCAAACACAUAACUCGGAAUCUCAAUAGCAGGGCAGAUGCCCUCUCCAAAUUAGCAAGUACCAAGCCAGGAGGGAACAAUAGAAACCUGAUCCAAGAAACUCUCCAAGAAUCCUCUGUCGCAAAAGUAGAGGCUAAGCAAGAUAUCUUUGAAGUGUCCAGAUUGGACCUCGGAUGGAUGAACCAACUAAUCAAAUAUAUAAAAUUCAACACCCUACCUAGAGAGGAAAAAGAGGCCAAAAAAAUUCGGAGGGAAGUGCAAAACUACACUUUGGUGAAAAAUACCCUCUACAAAAGGGGGACAUCAACACCAUUAUUGAAGUGUGUCCCGAAUUCAAAGACGACGGAAGUAUUUGAGGAGGUCCACAAUGGUAUCUGUAGGAAUCAUCUCGGAACAAGGUCCCUGGCUAGGAAAGUUAUCCAAGCCGAGUUCUACUGGCUGAAUUUGCUGAAAGAUGCCACCGAGUUCGUGAAGAAGUGUCAGCUAUGCCAAAUGCAUGCAAACUUCCACGUCGCUCCCCCCGAGGAGCUUAUCAGAAUAACUUCUCCAUGGCCUUUUGAAAAAUGGAGAUUUGACCUACUAGGAUCUUUUUCCCAAGCACCUGGGCAAGUAAAAUAUCUGAUAGUGGGAGUAGACUACUUCACAAAGUAG